AUGGCGGAGUCGUUGCAAGACAGCCCUCAAAUGGGCGAUUUUCGGCGGCUUCACCAGAUGUGCAUGGACAGCCUGGCGCUGCAACCAUCCCAGGACGCCAGGCUGCGCAAACUGUUCCUCCGGUGCGACCGCAGCGGGUUCGGCGCCAUCGACGGCGACACUGCGCGGCUCCUGUUCAAGACGUCGGGGCUUCCGGAUGCGGCGCUGUUCGACAUCUGGAGUCUGGCGGACGUGGAAGGCCGAGGAGAACUUGACUACCGGGCGUUUUGCCUCUGCUGCGUGCUCAUCGCGUACGCCCAGUCACACCCCGAUUUCAUGAGACGGCCGGACUGGAUGUGGGACCCUCAGCUCCCUGCCCGGCUGAUGAACAUGAACGCAGUGUCGGAGUGCAACCCGUUACUCGACACUGCGGUGCUUGACGACAGCGCCAGGUCGGACAUGCCGCAGAUUGCACCCGCCGAGGCGGUGGUGUACGAGAAGAUGUUCCUGGCGCUGGAUCACAACCGCGACGGGUUUGUUGAGGGCCUCGACGCACGCACCUACUACCUCACGCGCAACGAGCUGCCGGAUGAGGAGCUGCUUCGGAUAUGGGAGGUGGCGGACGCCGAUUGCGACGGGCGGCUUUCGAUACGAGAAUUCAUGGUCAUGGAGCACAUGGUCCAGGAGAGGGUGGCCAGCCUGAUGCCGGUGAGCAACGCGCCGCCGCCGGAGAUGCCGCGCCCCGAUCUUUCCGUCAGCGGGACAGUUCACUCUGCCGCGCCGACUGAUCGGUUGCCGCAACCUCGCUCUGCCAGGAGUGCCAGGCAGCCCUCCACGAACGCGAUAGGUGACGACAAACGCAUGGCCCAAACGGGUCAUGAGGAGAUCGCAAGCACAGCAUCAUCAUCCGUCGCGAGCGUGGACCCGAAACGCGCGGCCGAGGAACGCUAUGACGUAAAGAGGGACGUGGAGGACAUGAGUUCGGUACCGGUGGAGCACAGGGAUGCCGGCAAGAUGGUUGGCUCAGAGGCGACGAUCGUGGAGAGUCGCCGCCUGGCUAACCACGUCGAAUCGCUGAAGAAGCACGCGGAGGACCUUGAACAUGACCUGGAUAAGCUAGAUGCGGAGAACAAUUACCUCAGGAUGCUUUAUAAGAAGAAGGAGGAUCGCAUGUCCGAGCUCCACACGCUGCACAGGACCGUCAGCGAGGAGGCAGAAGCCGAGCACGCGCAGCUGCGCAUCGAGGAACGCGAGCUGAACGAGCUCCAGGACCGAAUCAGCGCCAUGCGACGCCAGAAAAUGGCGGCCGAAAGUGAGCAGCAGGCGCUGAAGCAGGCACUCAGCCACUCGGAGGACGCGGAGCAGACCAUGCUGAGGUCGAUCAAAAACGAGCAGGGCAGAGUCGCGGCGAUACGCAGCGAGCGGCUGCAUAACAUGCGCAAAAGGAUCGACCUGCUGGAGUCCAUCCAGCCCUCGAACGACAAGAACUCGGGCGGCAGUGCGCAGAACGUGCGCGCGAUCAGCGACACUCGCGUGCUCCACGACUCCAAGGGCAUCCGCGUGGCUGCUCCUGAAAGCGUGAUGGAGCGUCGCCUCAACCCGCGCAUCACAUCCAUUCCGCACAACGAGUGGGCCACCAGGGAGUGCGCCGGGUUCCAGGAGUGA